GAUGCUGGGAUAGCAGGCGGUGGAGGUCAGAGAAACUCCAAAAUGUCGGUGGCUGGUCUGACGUCCUUGAGCCGCUGUGGUGUUUUGGCAUUCCGCUCACCUGCAGGACUGGUGGCAGUACGGUAUGCCCAGACAGCAGCAGCUCCAGCAGCACAACCCAGAAUAAAGAAGUUCCAGGUUUACAGAUGGGACCCGGACACUCCAGGGGACAAGCCCCGCAUGCAGACCUACGACAUCGACCUCAACACUUGUGGUCCGAUGGUUCUAGAUGCCCUGAUCAAGAUCAAAAAUGAGAUUGACUCCACCCUGACCUUCCGCCGCUCCUGCAGAGAAGGUAUUUGUGGAUCCUGUGCAAUGAACAUUAACGGAGGAAACACUCUUGCCUGUCUCAACAAGAUUGACACUAAUGUUAGCAAACCAACUAAGAUUUACCCUCUGCCACAUAUGUACGUGGUGAAGGACCUUGUGCCUGACAUGAGCAACUUCUACGCACAGUACAAGUCUAUUGAACCGUACCUGAAGAAGAAGGAUGAGUCAAAGGAAGGGAAGGAGCAGUACCUGCAGUCUGUGCAGGACAGACAGAAACUGGACGGGCUGUAUGAGUGUAUCCUGUGCGCCUGCUGCAGUACGAGCUGUCCCAGCUACUGGUGGAAUGGAGACAAAUACCUCGGGCCUGCCGUGCUGAUGCAGGCAUAUCGUUGGAUGAUUGACUCGCGAGACGAGUUCACAGAGGAGCGUCUGUCCAAGCUGCAGGAUCCUUUCUCCCUCUACCGCUGCCACACUAUCAUGAACUGCACCAAGACCUGCCCCAAGGGACUGAACCCAGGAAAAGCGAUAGCAGAGAUCAAGAAGAUGAUGGCCACGUACAAGGAGAAGAAGGCCGCUGCUGUCUGAAACCUCAGUUGUCCUCUUGUACAACUUUUCCCUCCAUGAUUAAAUUAUAUAUUGAUUAAAACUUGCUUAUUUAGGUCUGAAGGGCCGAUACACCUGUCAGCUCCACUCACACCUCCACUCGCUGCAGACUGUAUAGUCAACUGUAAUGGAAAUGGGUGUGUGUGUGUGUGUGUGUGUGGUUGGAGGACUUGGUGUUACAGAAACGCACAUGUACAGUAUGAAUGCAGGAGAGAGAAUAUAUGUCUGUGUCUUACAUGUAACAUAACAGAGAUGUUUAACUCCAGCUCAUCUGUGUUUAUGUUUGUGCACUUUUGAAACACGAUGCUGCAUAUUAAAGUAAGAAAGGAGGCGUUUUCUUCUGUGUAAACUAAGAAAGGAGGCGUUUUCUUCUGUGUAAACAUUUUUAUAGCAUGUUGCUUUUUAGUUUAGCAGCUUCACAUACAGUCUAUAUGUCCCCUCAGAUCUUCCAACACACCAACAGCAGUCUUUGUUUUGAUGAAGAAUAAAUAGUUGAAAUGCC